CAAAAACCACCAGCUACGAAACCACCUACAACUCACUCAAUUCGCACUCCGCAAUGCCAAUGUCCACAUAAAAAUAUCCCCUCGACAUAAAUUUCCCUCUCACCACAAAACUUUAACGAAAAAAAUACUAUAUAGUAAGAAAAGGGAACAACAAACAAUGCCCCCCGCCAAAAUCACCAUCAUCCACCCCGACCUCGGCAUCGGCGGCGCAGAACGUCUGAUCAUUGACGUGGCUCUAGCAUUACAAUCGCGCGGCCACCCUGUUACAAUUUACACCUCGCACCGGGAUAAAUCGCAUUGUUUUGAGGAGGCGCGCGAUGGGACGCUUGAUGUGCAGGUGCGCGGGAAUACGAUCUUCCCGGCGCAUGUGGGCGGACGGUUGUUUGUGCUUAUGGCUAUAUUGAGACAGUUGCAUUUGACGUGGGAGUUGUUGGUCGGGGAGGGCGCUACAAGUGGAGGAACUGAGGAUGGUGAGGACGAGGUGUUUAUUGUGGAUCAGAUGCCGGCCUGUGUGCCGUUUUUGAAGGUGUUUGGGGGGAAGAAGAAUAGCAGGACGAAGCAGAGGAUUUUGUUCUAUUGUCAUUUUCCGGAUCAGUUGCUUGCGAGGAGGGAUGAGGGGGGUUCUGUGUUGCAGGUGCUUAAGGGGUUGUAUCGCGUGCCGUUUGAUUGGUUUGAGGGAUGGGCUGUGAGUGCGUCGGAUAAGGUGGUUGCGAAUUCGAGGUUUACGAGGGGGGUGGUUAGUGGGGUGUUUGGGAGGGAGAAGGUUGGGGAGUUGAGUGUUGUUUAUCCUGUUAAUCGGUUUGAGAGGAAGAAGGACCUGGCGCUGGCGAUUCGGGCCUAUCAUGGCCUUGGGGCGGAGAAGAGGAAGGGGACGAGGUUGGUUGUUGCUGGUGGUUACGACAAUCGCGUCCAGGAGAACGUGCAGUAUCAUCGAGAGCUGGAUGAGUUGGCGACUGGGUUGGGCUUGCAGACGGCGACAUCUAAGACGGUUAUUUCGGCGCUUUCGAUCCCCGAUUCUAUCGAUGUCCUGUUCCUGUUGUCCGUGCCGACGGCGUUCCGUGAUACCCUUUUGCUGCAGGCGAAGUUGCUCCUGUAUACGCCAAUCAACGAACACUUCGGGAUUGUGCCGGUCGAGGCGAUGCGGGCUGGCGUGCCGGUGCUUGCCUCGAAUACUGGAGGGCCGUUGGAGACCAUUGUGGAGGGCGAAACGGGCUGGCUCCGUGACGCCAAGGUGGAUGCCGAUUGGACUGCGGUGAUGGACAAGGUGCUCUAUGGCAUGAAGCAGGAGGAGCUGGACAGGAUGUCUGUGGCUGCGAAGGAGCGUGUCGAGAAGGAGUUCUCACUGACGGCUAUGGGCGAGAAACUCGAGCAGGAAAUCGAGGAGAUGCUCGGCCAGGAGCAGCGGCCGUUCCAUGGCUUCCAACAGGUUCUUGCCCUGCUUGCAUUGGUGGGAGUGGUGCUUGCCCUCGUUGCUGCAUUUCUGGUGAAGCUGCUUUGAUUGCUUGUCAAAAUAAUACCCUUAACUUGCGUGUACAAUAUUCAAUUCGAU